GCCUCUGAGAGCGGGAGCCGGAAGGAACCGGCGCUUUGUGGCGUCACGUCCGCCUUGCCGGCGGAUUAAGCUCGCUUUCUUCUAGGCGGGUGUCCUGAAGGUGGGAGGGGAGCGUCCGCGAGGCACUGGGGCGACGGGGUCGAUGGCCAGGUGGUCUUCAUAAACUAUACUGCCUUGUGAUGCCUCCCUAGAAAUGAGAGGUCUCAAUAAUAGCUCAGACCAUGUGGACCGCGGAUGAGAUUGCUCAGCUAUGCUAUGAACACUAUGGGAUCAGGCUGCCCAAGAAGGGGAAGCCUGAGCCAAACCAUGAGUGGACAUUAUUGGCAGCCGUGGUGAAGAUACAAUCUCCAGCUGACAAGGCCUGCGACACCCCUGAUAAGCCGGUGCAAGUGACAAAGGAAGUUGUAUCAAUGGGAACAGGAACAAAAUGCAUAGGCCAGUCCAAAAUGAGGAAGAACGGAGACAUCCUCAAUGAUAGCCAUGCUGAGAUCAUAGCCAGAAGGAGUUUCCAAAGGUACCUUCUCCACCAACUCCAGUUGGCAGCCACCCUGAAAGAGGAUAGCAUCUUUGUCCCAGGAACUCAAAAAGGAGUGUGGAAACUUAGACGAGACCUCAUUUUUGUGUUUUUCUCCAGCCAUACACCCUGUGGGGAUGCCUCCAUCAUUCCGAUGCUUGAGUUUGAAGAUCAGCCUUGCUGUCCUGUCUUCAGAAAUUGGGCCAACGACUCAUCAGUAGAAGCCAGUAGUAACCUGGAAGCUCCUGGAAAUGAAAGAAAAUGUGAAGACCCUGACAGUCCUGUAACCAAAAAGAUGAGGCUUGAGCCUGGGACUGCAGCCAGGGAGGUCACCAACAGAGCAGCUCACCAUCAGAGUUUUGGCAAGCAGAAAAGUGGCCAAAUCUCACCAGGCAUCAACAGCUGUGAUCUCACUGUAGAGGGACUGGCUACUGUCACCAGAAUAGCCCCUGGUAGUGCCAAAGUGAUAGACGUUUAUAGAACUGGAGCCAGGUGUGUACCUGGAGAAGCUGGAGACUCCGGGAAGCCGGGUGCUGCGUUUCACCAGGUGGGGCUGCUCCGAGUGAAGCCAGGCCGUGGAGACAGAACACGCUCCAUGUCCUGUAGUGACAAGAUGGCCCGAUGGAACGUCCUCGGAUGCCAAGGGGCACUGUUGAUGCACUUCCUGGAAGAGCCCAUCUACCUGUCAGCUGUGGUCAUUGGGAAGUGCCCAUACAGCCAGGAAGCCAUGCAGAGAGCACUGAUUGGAAGGUGUCAGAAUGUGUCUGCUUUACCAAAAGGCUUCGGAGUUCAAGAAUUAAAAAUACUGCAGUCAGAUUUACUAUUUGAACAGAGCCGCAGUGCAGUGCAGGCCAAAAGGGCCGACAGCCCAGGUCGACUUGUUCCUUGUGGGGCAGCCAUCAGCUGGAGUGCAGUUCCUGAGCAGCCUUUGGAUGUUACUGCCAAUGGCUUUCCACAGGGAACAACAAAGAAAACAAUUGGAAGCCUUCAGGCAAGAUCCCAAAUCAGCAAAGUGGAACUCUUCAGAUCAUUCCAGAAGCUGCUAAGCAGAAUUGCAAGGGACAAGUGGCCACACUCCCUCAGGGUGCAGAAGCUGGAUACCUACCAGGAGUACAAGGAGGCUGCGUCCUCUUACCAGGAAGCCUGGAGCACACUCCGGAAGCAGGCAUUUGGAUCCUGGAUCAGAAACCCACCAGAUUAUCACCAGUUCAAGUGAGAAGGAAAUGUUUGCUCUGGUAGCAGGACCCUUCAUCCUGAACUGCCUUCCUCCACGCAGGACAAGUCUUAGCUUUUUUGGUAGUUAAAUCACGGAACAUUCUUUCUGAGCUUUGCAUCUCUGUUGUGUAAUGCAGAUGGAAUCUGGAACUUAGAGCAGGCUAUACUUGAUUGAAGUAGCUCUCUGCUAAAAUGGCAUCUCACUAAUAACCUCACUAUCUGACUUCCAUUGUGUUUUAUUGCUUCUCUAAAAUAUGAAAUCAGAGUUUGGAACAUGAUGCUUUGAAAGUACUCUGCAGCAGCUCUGUUUUAUGGGUUCCUACGUUGAUUCAGCAAAUAUUUAUUGAGCUGAAAUGAUGUUUGACACUCUGCAAGUUUUACAGCUUUGCCUAGCAUAGCGAACAUAUAUUUUGGAUUCCCAGCCUUUCUUUCUUCAGGGAGCCAUUCUUUUCCCAUUCUUCAGUGAUCCUGCUCUGUGCCUCAGACUUGGCUGAAGUUAACCUUACUCCCUGGCUCUAGGAAUAGCCUGUGAGCCAGCCCUGGACCGCCCUGGACUUGUUCUCAGAGGUAUCAGGAAAGGCUCUCUGUUUUGAUCUGGAGCUGUAAGGGUCACAUAAUCAUGGGACUGCCGGUGGCCAUCUCUUUUCCUACUACCUAGAGAAAGCCAGCAAAGAAUGAAGGCAACAAAGGAAACAGCCAAGAGAAUCAAAGAUCUAGUAACACUGUUUAGAUGUCUCAAUUAUGUGGGACAGAUUCCUGUUGUUAUUUUGAUUAAGCCUGUUUGUGUUGGUUUUCUGACUUACAAUUGAAAGAGUUCUGUCCAAAAAGCCAAAAGGUGGCCAGGCUUGGUGGCUCAGGCCUGUAAUCCCAGCACUUUGGGAAGCCCAGGCAGGCAGAUCACUUGAGGUCAGGAGUUCAAGACCAGCCUGGUCAAUCUGGUGAAACCCUGUCUCUACUAAAAAUACAAAAACUAGCCGGGCAUGGUGGCGCACACCUGUAAUUCUAGCUACUCGGGAGGCUGAGGCAGGAGAAUUGCUUGAACCUAGGAGGCGGAGGUAGUGGUGAGCAAAGAUCGUACCGCUGCACUCCAGCCUGGGUGUUAGAGCAAGACCCUAUCUCAACAAAAAAAAAAGCCAAAAGGCCCUGCAGCAAAUCAGCAAUAGACUCAGCAGCCAAUCCUGUUUUAACAUCGAAUGUUUAACACUCAACUUCAGACCUUGAAUGAUUGACUGAAAAUGGAAGCUCCCAUGUUGGGGUUACUCAAGGUCCUUAUUGGUUCUUCAGCAUUUUGUGGCUAUAAAUAUUUUUAAAUAACAGUUGUAUUGAGAUAUAAUUCACAGACCGUAAAAUUCACCCUACUAAAGUAUACAUUUUAAAAGUUUUUAGGCCUGGCACGGUGGCUUACGCCUGUAAUUCUAACACUUUGGGAGGCCGAGGUAGGCGGAUCACCUGAGGUCAGGAGUUCGAGACCAGCCUGGCCAACAUGAUGAAACCCUGUCUCUGCUAAAAAUACAAAAAUUAGCCGGGCAUGGUGGUGCAUGCCUGUAGUCCCAGCUACUUGGGAGGCUGAGGCAGGAGAAUCACUUGAACCUGGGAGGCGGAGGUUGCAGUGAGUCAAGAUCAUGCCAUUGCACUCCAGCCUGGGUGACAGAGUGAGAUUCUGUCUCAAAAAAAAAAAAAAAUUUUUUUUUAGUAUAUCCACAGAGUUGUGCAACCAUCAAUAUUAGAACAUUUUCAUCACAAAUUUUGUGCCUGUAAUAGUUUCCUAGAGCUGUUUCUUAACGAAGUACCGCAAGCUGGGUGGCUUAAGACAACAGAAAUGUAUUCCUGGCCGGGUGCAGUGGCUCAUGUCUGUAAUCCCAACACUUUAGGAGGCCGAGGUGGGCAGAUCACGACGUCAGGAGAUCAAGACCAUCCUGGCCAACAUGGUGAAACCCUGUUCUACUAAAAAUACAAAAAUUAGCCAGGCGUAUUGGCGCACGCCUAUAGUCCCAGCUACUCAGGAGGCUGAGGCAGAAGAAUCUCUCAAACCCAGGAGGUGGAGGUUGCAGUGAGCCAGGAUCGUGCCACUGCACUCUAGCCUGGGUGACAGAGCAAGACUCCAUCUCAAAAAAUAAAAAGAAAAGAAUGUAUCCCCUUUCAGUUCUGGAGGCUAGAAGUCCAAACAGGUUGUUGGUGGGGCUUCUGCUUCCUCUAAAAGCUUUAGGGCAGGGGCCCCCAGCCCCAGAGCCACAGACCGUUACUUGUCUGUGGCCUGUUAGGAACCAGGUCACACAGCAGGAGGUAAGUAACAGGUGAGCAAGCGAAGUUUCAUCUGUAUUUACGGCUGCCCCCCAUCGCUCACAUUACUGCCGUAGCUCCUCCUCCUGUCAUACUAGCAGUGGCAUUAGAUUCUCAUAGGAGCGUGAAUCCUAUUGGGAACUGCGCAUGCAAGGGAUCUAGGUUGCACACUCCUUAUGAGAAUAUAAUACCUGAUGAUCUGUCAUUGUCUCCCAUAACCCCCAUAUGGGACUGUCUAGUUGCAGGAAAACAAGCUCAGGGCUCCUACUGAUUCUACCUUAUGGUGAGUUGUAUAAUUAUUUCAUCGUGUAUUACGAUGUAAUAAUAAUAGAAAUACAGUGCACAGUAAAUGUAAUUCACUUCAGUCAUCCCGAAACUAUCCCCCUAUCCCCACCCCUGGAUCUGUGGAAAAAUUGUCUUCCAUGAAACCAGUCCCUGGUGCCAAAAAGGUUGGGGACUGCUGCUCUAAGGAAGACUUUUUCGUGCCUCAGGGACUGCUGCUCUAAAGAAGAUUCUUUCAUGCUUCCUCCUUAGCUUCUGAUGGCUCCUGGCAGUCCUUGGCUUGUGGCUGCAUCACUUCAGUUCAUCCCUCUGUCUUCACAUGGCCUUCUUCCCUGUGUCUGUGUCUUUCCAUGGCCUACUUAUAAGGACCCCAGUAAUUGGAUUUAGGGCCUGCCCUAAUCCAGUCUGAUUUCAUCUUAACUAACUAUAUCUGCAAAGAAUCUAUUUCCAACUAAAGUCACAUUCUGAGGUUUCAGGUAGACAUGAAGAUUUGGGGGACACCACUCAACCCAUUGCAGAACCCAUUAGCAGUCACUUCCCGUUCCUCAACAUCCCCUACCCCAGGGCAAUCAGUAAUCUACUUUCUGUCUGUUUGGAUUUAUCUAUUCUGAACAUUUCAUAUAAAUGGAAUCAUACAAUAUGUGGUCUUUUGUGACUGGCUUCUUUCACUUAACAUGUUUUCAAGAUUUAUGUUGUAGCAUGAAUCAGUACUUUAUUACUAUUUAUGGAAUAAAAAUCAGUUGUAUGGAUAUAAAUGUUUUGUUUAUCCAGUCAUAAGUUGUUGGACAUAUGGGUUGUUUUCACUUUUUGGGUCUUGUACAUAGGGUUUCUAUGAACAUUUGUGUACAAGUUUUUGUGUGAACGUAUAUUCUUUUUUUUUUUUUUUUUUUUUUCUUUUUAGAUGGAGUCUCGCUCUGUUGCCCAGGCUGGAGUACAGGGGCACAAUCUUGGCUCACUGCAAGCUCCGCCUCCCGGGUUCACGCCAUUCUCCUGCCUCAGCCUCCCGAGUAGCUGGGACUACAGGUGCCCGCCACCACGCCCAGCUAAUUUUUUGUAUUUUUUGUAGAGACGGGGUUUCACCGUGUUAACCAGGAUUGUCUCGAUCUCCUGACCUUGUGAUCCGCCUGCCUCAGCCUCCCAAAGUGCUGGGAUUACAGGCGUGAGCCACCGCUGCCAGCCUGUGAGCAUAUAUUCUUAAAAUGUUUUUUUAAUUACAGAAAUAAUACAUGUAUGUCCUAAGAAGUUAUCCUUGAAUUUUUUUCCAUAAGAAAUCCUUUUAGAUAGGAAAGAAAGAAGGCCAGGCACAGUGGCACCUGUAAUCCUAACACUUUGGGAGGCCAAGGUGGGCGGAUAGCUUGAGGCCAGGAGUUCGAGACCAGCCUGGCCAACAUGGCGAAACCCCGUCUCUACUAAAAAUACAAAAAUUAGCUGGGCGUGGUGGCGCAUGCCUGUAGUCCCAGCUACUUGGGGGACUGAGGCACGAGAAUCGCUUGAACCUGGGAGGCGGAGGUUUCAGUGAGCUGAGAUCGCACCACUGCACUCAAACCUGGGCAACAAAGUGAGACUCUGUCUCAAAGAAAAAAAAAAAGGCAAUGACCAACAUGGAGAAACCCCGUCUCUACUAAAAAUACAAAAUUAGCUGGGCGUGGUUGUACAUGCCUGUAAUCCCAGCUACUCGGGAGACUGAGGCAGGAAAAUCGGUUGAACCCAGGAGGCGGAGGUUGUGGUGAGCCAAGAUUGUGCCAUUGCACUCCAGCCUGGGCAAUAAGAGUGAAACUCCGUCUCAAAAAAAAAAAAAAAAGCAAAAAUAUCACUACUUGAAGGCCAGGAUCUCCAAUAUUCUGCUUUAAUCAGUUUCUUUUGCCUGGCCCCAAAUCUUACAUUAUGACAGCAGCUGGGACACCUGGGCUGUCAGGAGCUUUUAUCUAAAGGAUGAUGCGUCUCUCUCUUAUGAGAUCUUAUUUUAAAGGAUAAAGACUUAUAUUAAAACAUAAAAGGAUAAUGUUUUUUAUGCCUAAAUUUUAUGUUAAAUUUUCACCCCCCAAAAAAACCAACAAAUUUAGACUUCAGAAUAGAGACUAGAAAAAAAACAUGAAGGCUAGAGACUAAAGGCAGCUUCACUUUGGACUGUACCUGUUUUCUCAAGAGCUAAAAGUAGGUGCUUAAACCAUCCUACAUUUUAUUUUAAUCUCUUAAAACCCAGGUUUAAAAUCUCAUCUGUGCCUUAUAAUCACAUCUCUGCAAUCUUGGCUGGCUCUCAGAUUUCAUACAUUUAUAAAAUGUGUUUUUACUGUUUUUUAUUUUUAACGGCAAGUGAAAGGAUUUUUAUUUUACUAAUGUUUCUUAACCUAUAUUUGGCUGAUAACUGCUUCUAACUUUUAAAUACAUUUUCUUUUUUGAACUUGUUAUGGAAAUUUUUAGUCACAAAUAUAGACUAACACAGUGGACUCCCUGAACCACCACUCAAACUUAGCAAACGUCAGCUUUAUUGCUGCUCUUGUUUGAUCUAUUGCCUCAUCCCCGCCAAUAUUUUUUUCUUUGACCAUUUAAAGCAAAUCCUAACCAUCAUAUUUCACCCAACAGAAUUAAUAUCCUUAAUAUCUAAUAUGUAGUCUGCUCAGUUUUCCCAUGUUGUCUCAAAAAUGUAUUUUGACUGUUUAUUUGUUCAAAUUAAGAUCUAAAUAAGAGCCACACUGCAUUUGA